UAUCCUGUAGGUUGGCCUCCCAAGCUAAACCUUUUUUUUUUUUUAGAGGAGGAAUGCGAGAGGAGGGUAGGUAGUGGAACGUGUUAGGUAUGAAUAAUGAAUGGACGCUGACUUGCGGAAACCGCUAUACAACAUCGCGGCCGACGCAGGCAUCGCCGGAACUUGGGUCUUGGGGUUUUUGUUCUGUCUCUGUUUUUACAACCAAAACAUCAGGCGUUCAACAUGAGAUCCAAGACGUUUUCACCGUCUUAUGUGGGCCACUUCAACUUGGCCCACAACCCUCUUUCUUUUGUCUUUCUCCUGAAACUCUCCUGUCUUCAAUCACGCUGUCCCCUUUUUCCUGUCUGACAGUAGGAUUUGAGCCAACCGUGGCUCGACGUCUAAACUCGGUCGAGGCCGAGGUCCAGAGACGUAACCAGUGGCCUCUCACACGGCCAUACGGCCUGGGUUGGGGAGCGGGUCUAAUCUAUAUGACAGGUGAAUAUGUCGGUACUAUACUGGAUAGCACUGCUCCGGUAUGCAGAGUGCCCAUUAGGGGGUUUGAGCAGGUCACGGCGUGGGGAAAGAGCUGCAUAUAUGGGCGACUCCUGAACGAACUGACUUCGCCGAUGACUACUGGUACCAGACAGAACGGAGCCCUUGGCAGUCUAUUGCAGGUUAAAUCGCUACUUCAAACAACUCACUCCUAGUCUAUCGUCAGGUAGGCAUCUUAUCGGAUGGCCUUACGAUGCCCUAGUUGAGAGCUAGACGUAUGUUAGAGCGUAGGAUGGAACAAAUACAUUCAUCUUGCAUCUAACCGGAUAUGUGUUUGGGCAGGGAGUGCGUGGUGUGCGUUUAGUCACCUAAACCACUGGGACCUCGGUCAGGACUCCACGGCUUAGGUAGGAAAGGAGAUGAUGGACCACCGAUACAGUCAUACCUCUCCUACUUCAGGUAUUGAUCAUGUACACAGCUGCAUAGGUACUUGGGACCACAUAAAUCCAAAAAGACCAAACUUGGAAUGGCUGCCCG